CCCGGAAGCAGUCGGUGGCGCUCGGAAGCUUUGGAGACGCGGGGUUCUGCUGGCGCUGCAGCUGCAGGAUGGUCGGUGGCGGCGGCGGGAAGCGCAGGCCCGGCGGGAAGCGCAGGCCCGGCGGGGCGGGGCAGCAGUGUGAAAAAACAGUUGAUGUAAAGAAGAGUAAAUCCUGUGAUGCUGAUGUCUCCAGUGACCUUCGAAAAGAAGUAGAAAAUCAUUAUAAGCUUUCUCUGCCUGAAGACUUCUAUCACUUCUGGAAGUUCUGUGAAGAACUUGAUCCUGAAAAGCCAGCUGAUUCACUUUCCACAAGCCUUGGACUUCGAUUAGUGGGUCCUUAUGAUAUCCUUGCCGGAAAACAUAAAAUGAAAAAAAAAUCAGCAAGCCUGAAUUUUAACCUUCACUGGAGAUUUUACUAUGAUCCUCCUGAGUUCCAGACAAUUAUUAUUGGAGAUAAUAAAACUCAGUUCCACAUGGGCUAUUUCAGGGAUUCUCCUGGUGAACUUCCUGUAUAUGUUGGUACCAAUGAAGCAAAGAAAAAUUGUAUAAUUGUUCAAAAUGGAGAUAAUGUGUUUGCUGCAGUUGUGACAAAGACCUUUCAUGGUGCAGGCUUGGUUGUCCCAGUAGAUAAAAAUGAUGUUGGGUACAGAGAGCUCCCUGAAACAGAUGCCAACCUCAAGAGAAUUUGCAAGACAAUUGUUGAGGCACCAAAUGAUGAGGAGAGACUGAAAGCUUUUGCUCCCAUCCAGGAAAUGGUGACGUUUGUGCAGUUUGCUAAUGACGAAUGUGAUUAUGGCAUGGGACUUGAGUUGGGAAUGGACCUCUUUUGUUAUGGCUCACACUACUUUCAUAAAGUUGCUGGCCAGCUUUUACCUCUUGCAUAUAAUCUGCUGAAGAGGAAUCUCUUUGCAGAAAUUAUUGAAGAUCAUUUGGCAAACAGAAGUAAAGAGAACAUAGACCAACUUGCAGCAUGAGUGAGAGUUGGCUUUCUGUGGUGUACAGUAUUUUAAAGCAUUAGUAUUAAGCUUGUGACUUUUUUUUAAACGAAUAUAUAAAAUAAACGGAUGGAAACAUUUACUAAA